GCAGCCGAAUUCGGGAAUUGUUUUAGGGUUUUCUGGUUGCGUCAUGCGGCCUUUGCAUCUUCGGAUACAUCCAAAUACUGCAAACCCAUUGUUUUCCGCAUUGUCCGGUUCUUCUCCAGAUCUACUUCUCUGUUCAGGUCUUUUAUCAAGUAAUCAUGGGCCGUCCAAGGCUAAUCAUCUUGGUCCGGCAUGGCGAGUCUGAGGGAAACUGCGACCGCACUAUCAACCAAUACGUCCCGAACCACAAAGUCCCACUGACCGCGCGCGGCCACGAGCAGGCGCGCGCUGCAGGCGUUCGUCUGAGAGAGACCCUUCUCCCCGGCGAGAACGUGCUGAUAUACACCUCGCCCUACCGACGCACGCGGGAGACCACGCAGGGCAUAGUCUCCCAGCUUGACGGGAUCGACUACCGGGUCUACGAGGAGCCGCGUCUGCGCGAGCAGGAUUUCGGCAACUUCCAGUUCCACGAGACGGAGAUGGCAAAGAUCUGGAAAGAGCGGGCGCGCUACGGGCAUUUCUUUUAUAGAAUCCCAAACGGAGAGUCGGCUGCGGACGUGUACGAUCGAUGUGCGGGGUUCAACGAGACGUUGUUUAGACAGUUUAGUUCGGAUAAGUUUGCAAAAGUGCUCGUGCUGGUCACACACGGACUCAUGUCGCGCGUCUUUCUCAUGAAGUGGUACCGGUGGACGGUCGAGCGGUUCGAGAGCUUGCGGAACGUAAGCUACUGCGAAUUUGUGACGAUGGAACGCCAGGACACGGGAAAGUACCUGCUCAAAACGAAGAUGCUCACAUGGAACGACCCGCCACCCACUACAUUAACCUCCAUGAGCUCGGCCGCGGCUGACGGGAACGGGAAUAGCACAGAUAUCGCAGAGAAGCAGCGGAAAAUCCGAGAGAUGUAUGAGCUGCUGGUGGCCGAGGAGCCCGGAAUUCGCGAUACCUCUGCCGUUAACGAAGGUGACGAGGACGAGGACCACGUUGAGGAUAGGCCAACAUACCCGGACGCAAGCCUCUCGCAUGAUGCUGCCCUCAGAGAUGAUAGCGAUUAAUCUUAAUUUACGAUGAACAGAGGCAGAAGCACUCUGAUGUGACGGUUGGGAUAUGAUGGCUAGGAUACGAUAGCUCUAUGAUAGCUUUAUGGGCUUGCUUGGGUCGUUUUAAGCAAAAGCUCAAACCUUUGUAAUUUUCUUUUCUCUUGAGUAUGAUGGCUGUUUCCCUGAUCAUGUCCAUGGCGCUUCCUUUGUUCGGUUCUCUAGUUGUUCUUUUGUAAUUUUUUUGGCUGGUCGGAUCGGAUCGUACUAUUUUUAUUUUAAUGG